AUGUGGUUAACGGUACUCGUCAUUGUGGCAAUUAUUGGCCUUCUACUUUAUUUAGACACUGUCAAACCCAAGAAAUUUCCCCGAGGUCCUAAAUGGUUACCAAUUGUUGGAAGUGCCAUAGAAGUAAACAAAAUGCGAGAAAAGACGGGAUAUCUUUACAAAAGCGUUAAAGAAUUAGCUAAUAUUUACUGUGGAGGUGGGCCUCUAAUUGGUCUUAAAAUUGGAAAAGACCGAAUUAUAAUGGUUAAUACUGUUGAAGCAAACAAAGAAAUGCUUUAUAACGAAGAUAUUGAUGGACGUCCAAAAGGAAUCUUUUAUCAAACUAGAACUUGGGGUAAACGAAGAGGAAUUCUUCUCACUGACGGUGAACUAUGGAAAGAACAGAGAAAAUUUCUCAUAAAACAUUUAAGAGAAUUUGGUUUUGGAAGAAGAGGCAUGAGUGAGAUAGCAUUUUCAGAAGCUGGUCACAUGAUUAAUGAUGUAUUGGAAAUAAUGAAGAAUAACAAUAGUGCAGUUAUUAAAAAUAUGCACAGCUUCUUUAGCACUUACAUUCUUAAUACCCUAUGGACAAUGAUGGCUGGUAUACGCUAUAGACCAAGCGAACCUGACAUGAUAUUGUUGCAGAAUAUUUUGUUUGAUUUAUUUGCAGCGAUCGAUAUGGUUGGUUGUGUGUUUAGCCAUUUCCCUGUGUUAAGCUUACUUGCACCGAAAGCUUCGGGCUACACAGAUUUCGUGAGAACUCAUAAAAGAAUUUGGAAAUUUCUGCGUGACGAAAUAACAAAACACAAACUACGAUUCGACCCUAAAAAUGAGGACAGGGAUUUUAUGGAUGUUUAUAUACGGGUUCUAAAUGAUCAUGGGGAAGUGAACACUUAUUCCGAAGGACAACUGGUGGCAAUUUGUAUGGACAUGUUCAUGGCUGGGACGGAAACAACAAAUAAGAGCAUGAGUUUCUGUUUCAGCUAUCUAGUAAGGGAACAAGACGUGCAGAAAAAAGCUCAAGAAGAAAUAGACAGAAUUGUUGGUAAAAAUCGAAUGCCUUGCCUUGAUGACCGCCCUCACAUGCCUUAUAAUGAAGCAAUAGUACAAGAAAGUAUUCGACAUUUUAUGGGUAGAACUUUUGGAGUGCCACAUAGAGCUUUAAGAAAUACUACAUUGGCUGGAUAUAAUAUACCCAAAGAUACAAUGGUGGUCAGCAAUUUUCCGAACAUAUUGAUGGAUCCAGAACUUUUUCCGGAACCGUAUGGGUUCAAACCAGAAAGAUUUAUUGUUGAUGGCAAGCUCAGUUUACCAGACACGUUUUUCCCAUUCGGGAUAUCCAAGCAUAGAUGUAUGGGAGACGUAUUAGCUAAAUGUAAUAUGUUUAUGUUCAUAACUACUAUGCUUCAGAGGUUUACGUUCUUGCCCUGUCCCGGUGAACCCCUGCCAUCUUUGGACCACGUUGAUGGAGCAACGGCAUCAGCGGCACCAUUUAAUACUUUAGUUAUAUCAAGAAUGUAA